AUGGGAAUUGUCGUCAGCGAGGAUGCAAAUCGCGGCCGCAACGAACAGCAGAAGAUCAAUGCGAUUGUGGCUGAGAAUGACUACGGGUUGGUCAUGGUGACACUGGACCAGAUCUCUGUCUUUCUGGGCUCGUGGUGGACGACAUCACUUACUGGUCGGAUACAGACAUUCAAAAGCUACGCCCAUGUUCCUAUCACAGAAAUUAUAAACCAAGAACGUGCUUCUCUUGGUGCUCUCGGCUUUUAUUUUGCUGGGAUCCCUGCAUGGGCCAUGUCAACAUGUUUGUCUAUCUGCCGCCAUCACCCCUUGGAGCGCUUGAUUUCCACAAUCCAGAACUUCUUCCCGAAUGAUGACACAGGCUCAAAGCUUGUGAGAGCUUCCUUUACUAUUCUGCAUUCUGCAGCCCGAGGAGCACUCCUCGUCCUCGCAAUGCAGACUUACAUGUACUCUCUACUCCAGUCUCUCCAUCUAAUCCCUCCUACCUCCAUGCCGAGUAUUGGCCACUUUAUGCCUUUCGGCGAAUUCACCUCCAUGCUUCUUCCGAGCUUUCCUCCAGACCUCUCAUUCAACUCUCUGCUCGCCUUUGUCUUGAACAUUAUGAAAACACCUUCUCUCUUUUACAUUUAUGUCUAUCUGCGGCCUGUGAUCGAAGUCCGUCUCUACAGACUGAUUCGCAGACGGUUACCGAAACCUACUAUGACAGAUGAUCUUUCCAUCAAAGUGGCCCUCGACAACGAUCUCAUUGAUUGGAUGGUGCCCACUCUGGGGCGCCGAGCUGUAGAGGAAACACAACGCAGCAGACUUUCUUUGAUGGAAGACUUGUCUUAUGAGCUGGAUACUCUUUGGCAAUGGCUGUCUUCAAGGUUUACUUUCAGCUCACGGCGGGCUUCUCUAGCCCAAGAGGCAGAACACCAAGAUCACCCCGAACCUCCCCAGCCACAAGGUCAUUCGUCUUAUCGAGCCCUAGAUCCAGAGGAACAGCACCGAAGACUGAGAAGCGCGCAGUGGCAUCCUGCCGACCAGUCCAUGUCUACCAACGGGUUCGAUGCACAUUCCAAUGGUGGUCGGAGUGAGAUAUCAAACGAAGAAAAUCAGACCCCUGACGCGGAUAAUAUGGACCUUUUGAGACGCGCAAGGAAUCUUACUCUUUCUACCCGCACGUCAUCCCCGGGCCCAGACGCUCACCAACACGAGGCUGCCACGCUGAACAGAAGCCGAAGGCAAUCACGCUCAGAGACACUUCUCUCUCGUACUCCAUCUCCUACAUCCUCGCAGUCAUCACCCCGGGUCCGCGCACAGUUGAUUCAAGAUUCAGAUGUCAUCGCCAUGCAAUUGGAGCUGGAAAGCCGUCGUUCCCAUCAGUGGAAUGACACCACUGGCAACCAGGCGGACCUUCAGAAUGUUGCUGCCGGACCGGCGGGCCGUCCCCCAAUAUCCGAUCUGCUUGACACAAUUGUAUCUCAGCAAGACGGCCACGUAACGACAAUACUCAAUUCCCAGGCUCCUAAUAAUGAUGGUCUCCAAGGUGUUAUAACCGCUGUGACAUCCUCCAAUCUUGGGGAACCGAUGACAGCCCUAACCCCUGGCCACCAACCAAAUGGCAUACCGACAGACCGAAACGCAACUGAUUCUUCCAUAGAACCAACAACCUCGGAUCCGAUGAAUAUCCUCCCUGACGUUGUAGAAGAACCACCACUCGACGACGCCAGCAACCACUUACCGAAUCAAAUUGACGAAGGCGCCGACUCCGAAAUCAUCCCACACAUGGCCGAUCCCAGCGUCCACCAGAACUCAACAACCGGAACUGUAACAACAACGACAUCCAGCCCUUCCCACAGGGUAACCAUCCUCUCCUCCUUUCCCGUGGACUCUCUAGCCUCCCAUCUAGCGGCCAUGAUCACCACGGCUCUCUUCGCACCCCUCGAGUCAUUCUACCUUCGAUCACUGGCAAAAUCAUACUUUGCUUCCAAAGGAGCGCCAGCCAUUCUCCGAUCCGAUGUUUACCCCCUCGGAGUAUGGGGCGGCGGGCGCUCUAGCUCUAAUACAUUGGCUUAUAUGAGUAAACUGGCUCUUAUGAUGGGACUCCAGGCCGCAGUGAAUGCUUCCGUUUGGGGUAUCAUAUCGGGGGCUGCGAUUCGGAUCGGGAGGAAAUGGUGCGGAUGGGGUACGCUGUAG